UUUACUCCUCACUGCAAAAGUUAAUUUGAAAGUCUGCGCAAAAAUCAAUGUAUUUCAUGUACUCGGAAGGUAGUAUUGAGAAGCUAAAUAGUAUCUACUAUGAAUGAGGUGCCAAAAAGUAAUAAAAGUUGAUUAAAUUAACGCAACCAUGAACCAGUUCAGCAACGGUUCCGUUUUUACCCCGUCGGCAAGUGGUCCGUCUGGCACAAAAAGUUCUACCACCGCCCAUCAGCUGCCAUUGUCUGAUCUCGAAAAAUCAUCCGCCCGAAAAGCCCGAAAAGAGGCGGAAAAACAGAAAAAGCAAGCGAAGAAGUACGAGGAACAGCUGAAAAAGAUACGCGGUCCGAAAAGUCAGAAAAUCCAGAUCAUCGAUGAGAGCUUCCUGGAGAAGUACAACAAUGCUCAAUCUUUACCACCGGGGCCAAGUCUAAAAACAAAGAAACGUUCCAAGAAAACACCCAGCGAUAUUGUACAAAUUAAUUUGUCUGACUGUAUCCGGGAUCGUUUGUCACUCGCGGAGAGAGGUGACGGCAAACCGGGAGGUGAAACGAAGACUGUGGUAAAACCGGUAGUCCCGAUUGCAAUAACUCAACCGAUUGUUCUGCAUAAAGGGAAACAACGGGAGGUGCCGAAGGAAAAAAAGCUCACGAGGUUGAAAAAGGAAAUUAUAAAUAAUCGAAAAAGCAAACAGGAAUCUCUUACGGUCGGUGGAAGCGAUCAACCGUUAGACAAUGGAGAACAGGAAGUUUCGAAAACUGCAGGAAAUGUGCUGCAAUCAGCUAAGAGUUCUAACGAUAUGCAACCCGUGCAGAAGUGCAAUAUUAAAUUUGGAGUUUCGCCGUUUCUUAAGGCUAUAGAAAAGUGUUGUUCCAGUGAGGAUAUGGUUCCGCCGAGCGUUGGUUCGGAAGAUUAUCAUAACGGAUUCCCUGCUCUUAAUGAUACCGUUAAAACUGUCGAAAAAAUUCAGCAUUCCAGAGCAUUUAGAGGGUACUGUGAUCAUCUAAUCACGGACGAAUUGCGCAACCAUACGGAAGUAUUGGUAACAAAGCUGUUCCAAUUUCAGGCAAAUGCUUACAGCAAAAAUCCGAUUAAAGCUGUUAGCAAUAAACGUUAUUGUGUCGGCUUCAACGAAGUACUGAAGUAUUUAGAAACGCAUAAAAUUAAGCUGGUUCUGAUAGCACCAGAUUUGGAACCGAAUGACAGUAUUGAUCAGCUGGUUGAACGAGUCAAGUCAAUCUGCCGUCAGGCUCGAGUACCAUACGUAUUCGGACCGAAACGUAGAAAGCUUGGUUUUUAUCUGAUGAAGAAGGUCCCGGUAAGUUGCUUGGGUGUACUCAGCUAUAGUGGGGCAGACGAAACGGUGAAGCGAAUGCUUGAAAUAACUGAGCAGGAGCGUGUUAAUUACAGGAAUUUUGUUGUUGAAGCUCAAUAGUUGCAGCAAGUAGGUCACCCUGUGACCCUUCCUCGAGGCCAAAAGUGGAAUUCUAGUCAAACUUCCAUUACAUUCCUACAUGACCUCUUCCUUCCUAUUUCGAAACUAUCUAUGUGUGCAAUGUAAAAUACCUAUACUACCCCUCCCGCUACUCUCCCAAACUUAUCUGAAUUAUGUCUUAUAGCUGUGUCCGGCGGUGAGUAGCAUAUUUCAGCCGAUAUUUUUCUGAUCGGCUAAUUAUGUAGUAUCUCUAUACUGUGGUUAUAUGCAAAUGCAAGUCAAGGGAUUCCGAAUGUAUCUGUGUUUAGGUGUUGUGCCACUGAUACCGAGACCAGCCAGGCGGUAAAGCUGUUCACAGUAAAAUAUAUCAGUAAU